CACACGGGCCCCGGCGGGCGCAGCACACAGGGCAGGCUGUGCAGGGAGGAGGGAGCGGCCGCGGAGACCCAGGCCGCCCGGGACUCAGGCCGGCAGCAGGCAGCAGAAAGUGCUGGAAAUGCCGCGUCCGGACCGCUUGGGGCGCUGUCUGCCCGCGGUGCUCACCGUGCUCCUCGCUGUGAAGGUCUCCACGGGCAGCGAGGCCCCGGGCUCCCGACCCAACAUCCUGCUUCUGAUGGCGGACGACCUGGGCAUCGGCGAUGUCGGCUGCUACGGCAACAGCACCAUCAGGACCCCAAACAUUGACCGGCUGGCAGCAGAUGGGGUGAAGCUGACCCAACACAUUGCUGCAGCGUCUGUGUGUACCCCGAGCAGGGCCGCCUUCCUGACGGGGAGGUACCCCAUCCGCUCAGGCAUGAUUUCCUACAAUGGUUACCGUGUUCUUCGGUGGACGGGAGUUGCCGGCGGCCUCCCAGCCAGUGAGAUAACUUUUGCAAAAAUACUGAAAGACAAAGGCUAUACCACCGGACUCAUAGGGAAGUGGCACCUGGGCCUCAACUGCGAGUCACCCAGCGACCACUGCCACCACCCGCUGAAGCACGGCUUCGACCACUUCUACGGGGUGCCGCUGUCCAUGAUGGGCGACUGCGCCCAGUGGCCGCUGUCCGAGAGGCGCAUCGGCCUACAGAGCCGGCUCGACUUCUACUCCCACGUCUUGGCCGUGGCCGCUCUCACCCUGGCCGCCGGGAAGCUCACCCACCUGCUGCCCGUCUCCUGGACGCCGGCCGUCCUGGCCGCCAUCGUGGCCGCCGGGGUCUUCACGACUUCCCACUUCCUGGGCGGCCUGCUGGUCCACGCCGACUGCUUCCUCAUGAGGAACCACGACAUCACCGAGCAGCCCAUGCGCCUCGAGAUGGCCAGCUCGCUCCUGGUGGAGGAGGCCGAGUCCUUCCUCAAAAGGAACAAGCAAGGGCCGUUUCUCCUGUUCGUUUCGUUCCUGCACGUCCACACCCCUCUGGUCACUACCGAGGAGUUCCUGGGGCGGAGCCAACACGGGCUGUACGGCGACCACGUGGAGGAGAUGGAUUGGAUGGUGGGUCAGUGCUGGGGAAGGGGCCGGGAGGUCACCGCUGCGGGGGCGGAGCCGGGAGAAAGAGUCCACGGAGACCCUAGGACAGAAGGCGGCAGGCGGCGGCUUUCAGGGCGGCAGAAGUUUGCGCGAAGGGCUCGGCCAAGCCCCCAGGGCAGGACGGCCUCGUCUCUAAUCCUCCAGUUUCCUCUGCAGGGACCCCGUUUGCAGUCAGGCCCCGUUCCAGGUCCCACGGCCAGGACAUGGACGCAGCCUCGGGGCCUCUGUUCCGUCCACUGCCGUCGCUCCCAGCUCUGCGUGAAGCGGAGAGGCGGCAAAGGCAUGGGGGGCUGGGAGGGCGGCAUCCGCGUGCCCGGGCUCCUGCGCUGGCCCGGGGUGCUGCCCCCAGGCCUAGAGAUCCACGAGCCCACCAGCCUCAUGGACGUCUUCCCCACCGUGGUGCAGCUGGCGGGGGGCCAGGUGCCCCAGGACAGUAACACAGAACCCAAACCUCCCUGGGCUCCGGAGUUCUCUGUGGCGCCUGAGAACCUUUCCCCAACCGGCAAGGAAGAUUCCCGCCUCGCUGCCCUUCGGGACCAUACUGUUUGUCCCGCGGCUUUGCGCCCAGAGGAGUACUACUGUGCCGUGAAAAGGGAGAGGCUUGACUUACGUCCGUCCGUGCGCUUCUGUGACCCCCGCGUUACGGACACAGAGCCCUGCCCCCGCACCCUGCCGUCUCAGCCCCUCUGCCUGAUCUUGUACGCGGGUGACGUGUCACACACUCCGUGUCCUCCGGUGUCCGAGCACCGUGCCCUCAUGUUCCCUACACGACACAGCAAACGCCGCUCUCCUGCGCCCCACCCGCCAGGACGAAGAGUGUGGAAAGUCCACUACAUGACGCCCGUCUUCCAGCCCGAGGGGGCGGGCGCCUGCUACGGGAGACAGGUGUGCCCGUGCUCCGGGGAAGACGUCUCCACGCACGAUCCCCCCCUGCUCUUCGACCUCACGCGAGACCCGGGCGAGCGCCACGUGCUCACGCCCGACACGGAGCCCGAGUUCCACGCGCCUUUCCGCUCCAUUCGCACUCAGGGCCUCUCACAAACUCCCCGUGCUUUGGAGCCCGACUGGUUUCCCUCAGGGUCCCAGUGCCGACCUCCCGCCCACCUGCCUGUGAGGCCGAAGGAGGGGACUCUGUUCCCGGGUGUGCAGCGGGCAGGGGCCGGAGCAGGAGGGUUUCAGUCCGGGCCGAGCCGCACAGAGCCAGGCAGGAGGCGGCAGCUCUGA